CUCCCAUUUCUAGGGCAGCAUCAGAGUCUAUUUUGUGAAAGAACAUGAAAUUUCUUACUGCAUUCACUGUGGCAUGUGUGGGCACAUUUGCGUUGCUGCACAGCGUUGUCAAUGGCAAUCCAGUGCCAGCACCAGCACCAGCACCAGCAGCAGCGCCAGUUCCCGAUCCGCUGGCUGAAGCUAAUCCCAAGCCAGUAGCCGAACCCAAACCAGUCCCAGAGCCAGACUAUGCUUCUUAUGGACUCAUGCAGGACAAGCAGAAUGUAGCUCCAGGCAUCGUGCCAUUCGGGUCAGUUGACAAUGUGCUGGUUUAAAAAUGAACUAGUUCAAAGGAUCGGUUACUUUUAAAGGAAGAUCGCACACACCUACAUACACGCACACGCACACACACGUGAAUAGAUACAUCUAUCCUUGAUAUAUUUGUAUAUUGCAAUUAUAAUUACAGCACAAGCAAUUAAAAAGGUUGCCAGCAUAA